AUGCAUCUCAUUAUCGCUCUCUUGGCCCUUGUGUUGGCGGUCGGCGGCUUCCACACGGCCUCCCGCCAGCAUGCCCGCCAGCAGACGUCUGUGGAGCCCGACAGCCUGCUCUAUGGCGUGGACAUGGUCAGAGACUUCACCGAACCUCUCGUGGCGCUGAAGAGCUCCAAGCAGAUCUCCAUCCUGCCCGCCAACCCGCUGCCGCUCGCCGCAAACCGACGAAUCACCAAAGAGGCCAUGGACGCGAUAAGCAGACCGCUCACUGCAGUGUCAACCGACGGAUGCCAGGCAGCCGACUCGUGUGUCGACGAGGUGUUUGUCGAUUACGACCCGUGCACCGACAAAUUCCUGCUGAAGCACUCGCGCGGCCCGCUGACCAUGGCCUUUGCGGUGUUUGACGACAAGAUCAAGCAGGCGGGGUGGAGCCAUCUGCGUGUCGAGACUGUCGAGGGGCCUGUCAAGGCGUGCGACGGUGCAUCCAUCCUUCACGCCGCGGACGGCGUCGUGGCCUGGAACAUGAAGAUGUACGCGGCCGGCGCUGCCGAGGGCUACCUGACGGCAUCGCGCAUCAAAGACUUCUACAGCAGCGCCGAAGCCCUCGAGAAGCGGCAGGACAAGGCACACCGCUCACUCGAGAACGUCCGCACCAUGUUUUACUCGAGCAUCACUCUCAUCCAGCAGCAGGCCGGCUGGCACAAGGACGCCAAGUCUGUCUUUCACACCGACGAGUGCGCGUCCGACCCGCCUGUGCGGCACGCGAGCUGGCUGCUCUUUCAAGUGUGGGGCGUGAUGGACGGCUACAACGUGCGCAUUCCCGAUGCGGCGGCGGAGACGAGGCUCAAUCUGCUGGCGGUGUUCUUCAUCAACUCUGACGGCGAGACACCCGAGCUGAUGGAGGCCUACGACCCGCAGUACUUGUCCAAGCGACAGGAGACCUCGCCAAACGCGGGAGCGUCGGCUGUGCAGCUUGCUCAGACGGUGUCGCGCAGACGCCAUCAGUCCAAGCAGGAGCUCAUUCGAUGGCUCAACCGCCUGCACGACCACGGGUGAGUGACGAAGGUUGUCUUCUCAUCUGUCUCGAUGCAAGUGCUGUUUGGUUCGCUCAGGCGUUGCUCAGCCCUGAUUCGGUUGGUCGACACUCAGCACGCGCCCAACCACGACAUCAUGGUCGGGCAUUCGACGUGGGAGAACUUUUCUGAGAUGUUUCGCAUCUGGAAGGUCUACCACUUCCAGCUCCCUGACGCAGCCGCCAAGUGGAUCUCCUUCUCAUCGUACCCAGGUGAGUGAGUGAGUGAGUGACGGGAAGACGAAUGCGCAUCGGCAUUUGGCUAUCCUCUGUGUGUGUGUGUGUGCAGGUGCGGUGACGAGUACCGAUGACUUCUAUCUGACAGACGCGAAUCUCCUCAUCACGGAGACGACUAUCACCAUUAUGAACGCAGCCGCAUAUGUAAACGUCCUCGACAGUAAGCAGGCAGAGGCACACCCAGACAGCCUCGUCUGUGUCGUCAAUGUUCGUGUGUUGUUUUCCAGAGCCUCACGUGCCCGACUUCAUGCGCAUCGCCAUUGCAACGCGACUCUCCAAGACGGGCGAGGAGUGGAUACGCCACUUCCGCAACACAGGUGACGCAUGCCAUCCCUCCUUUGACAGAUGAAGACGACACUUACUGGUUGGGUUGCUUUUGUCUCUCUAUCAGUGUGUCUGCGUGACAAGUGCGGCGAUCCCGGCACGUACAACAGCCAGUGGAUGAUCGUCGACUACAACAGAUUCAACGAGGUGCGCAACAAGGACAGACCGCUGCCGGAAGGGACCUUCUAUGUAUAUGAACAAGUGCCGGGUAGGUGCGGCGGCUUUGUCUGUGAGUUCGAAUGGAUGCCAAUUCAUGGUUCGCUGCCGUGUGUGCAGGUAGCGAGCAGCAGGCUGAUAUGAGUCGGAUUCUGAAGAAGUUUGGCUAUUUUGCGUCCUACAACAGAGCAUGGUGGGCGGCGAUGCACGAGGUUCGUCAUCCUUUCUUCUAUCUGUCGAUGUGAAUGCCAUGUCUCAGGUUCCCGAUGGACUCAGCCAGCCUCGGCGAAGUAGCAUCGAUCGGGAGCAGUCAAGGCAAGACCGGCUCGGACAAGUACCUCGAGACCGUCUUCAAAUGGAACGAGCAGGCAAAACUAACGAACAAACUACCAAUGCGCACAAAUGCACGCGCAUCCAUGUGCCCUCCUUUUGUGUGUGUUCAGUCCCCGACGCGUCGCGGCCAGGACUUUGCUGGGCUCGCUCCCAAGGUCAAGACGCUGUGGGGCAAUCCCAAGGACCCAACGUCCAUGAGCGCUGUGAUGCAGGUAAAGGCACAUCGAUAUAUAUGACUCACAUAGUCAUUCACCACCAUGGCUGCCGUGUCUCGUUGGUUGUUGGUUUGUGUGCAGUGGAAUGACGUAGGCAAGGACCCGCGAGUGCCGCCCGACCAGCAGGAGCAGAUCGCCGCCCGCUUCGAUCUGUACGACCCAGACAGACUCGACGGGGCCGUCGACAGCAAGGUCACGCACAAACAUGCAAAUUGAUAACGGGCCUCCUUGCCACAUUGGAUGAAUGGAUGGAUGGUUCCAGAUAGUGAAUACGUGUCUGUUCGGCAAGCUGCAGUGCGACGCCAUCUCGGGCCCCGAACACACAUGGCACAAAGCAUUCGACUGGUCACAGGUAAAGCAUGGAUCGGCCACUCAGCACACACUGAGACUGCCUAUCCUUCUUUUGCUUGGGCAGGCGUCUGCUGCAGUGGAGUACCCUCAUGCGCAUCAGCCGCUGCGCUGGGAUUUCGACUGGUGGCGCAUGUCCCUCGACGGCAUGCACCCUUCACCGAAGACAGAAUGCUGA